AUGGUCCAUGCUGUAAGGUCAAAGAUCUUAGCAAUACUACUACUCUGCUUCUGCAUCAAUAUCGUUGUCGCGGAUCGAUGGGGAGUUCAUAUUCACAGGCGUGAUGGGCCUACAACUCCAUCAAUAACCUCUACGGAGACCUCACUAUCACCUUCGAGUACGAGUACGUCAUCGCAGACCGGAGGAGAUUCUUCAGGGGAUAGUGAAGGACAAUCUAAAACCGACAAGACAAGCGACGAGACUUCCUCUGACCAGCCAAAGUCGACUACAACUAGUGUUACUACCACCGAUGCCAGUUCCUCGUCCGACUCAACCGCAAGCGCAAGCGCAAGUUCAACUACCAAUGCAUCUGCUGUGACAUCUAAUUUAGUUGGAGCAGCUCCCACAGCUACAAUCAACAAUAGUUCUAUAUUCAAUUGUAUGCAAAAUUACGAUUUCAAUCUAUAUGUAGCUACCGCCACGCCUGAGAAACUACCACUCGCACCACAACUCACACCAGGUUUUGGAGUCGCUGGAGCCAUAUUGCUGAUUAGCGGGGCAGUAUAUACUGUUAUCGGGAUCAAGAACAAAAUGCUCCAUGUGUUCCUGUCGGCAGGCUACCUCGCAAGCUUAGCAGUUUCGGUUCUCAUUCUCUAUGUCAUGAACUUGCCUGUUAGCAAUGCUGUUCAAGGAGCAUACGUUGUCGCUGCCGUCAUGACCGGCCUCGUUAUCGGCGGAGGAGCAAUUGUAUUCUCUGAGAUGACUGAAGGUUUAGGCUCUCUGCUGGGCGGCUUCUGCUUCAGCAUGUGGUUGCUUGUCCUGAAACCCGGUGGACUUUUGACUAGUACUAGUGGGAAGUCUAUUUUCAUUGCGGUGUUUACUGUUGUCAGUUUUGCAACAUCCUUCCACCGUUACACGAGGCCAUACAGUUUGAUGGCAUUGAUUUCCUUUGGUGGUGCAACUGUAGUAGUCAUUGGAAUUGACUGUUUCAGUCGAGCCGGUUUGAAGGAGUUCUGGGCGUAUAUUUGGGAUUUGAACAAUAACUUGUUUCCGGUUGGGGCAACCACAUAUCCUUUGACAAGGGGUAUCAAAGUGGAAAUUGCUGCAAUAAUCGUCAUUUUCCUUGCCGGUAUCGUAUCUCAGAUGAAGCUCUGGAAGGUUAUCAAAGAACGCCGGGAGGAACGAGCAGUCAAAAGACUCGCAGACGAGCGGACGAUGGCGAAGGAGGAAGAAAAUGCCGGGCGAAGAAUUGAAGAUCUUAAUGCGGAAGAAAGGCACCAGUGGGAAGCUGUUCACGGGGACAAGGACCAUAUUAUCAAGGACAUUAACCUGUCACAAAGAGACUCUGGUGUCGGCGACAUGGAUAGCCAGAAUAAAGGGGCUAUGAGUGUUGUGACAUCGAUAAGACGAUCUGCAGACGAUCAAAUUGAAAUGUCGGAGAUGGUGACACCUACAACAGCAAAUGGAGCUGGACUUGUCAUGUCGAGGAGCGGUCAGGAUGGUGGUGCUGUCACUGUGCGUGUUGCUAGGGAUCUUGAACCCGAACCAGAGCUUGACGAGAAUGGAAAUCCAGUUGAACCGGUGCAGACACGCAGAAGUCACGCCUCGGCACGAAGUUCUCUUCAGUUGGAUUCCGAAGAGGAAAAUGUAUGGGUCGUAGGUGCAGAUGGAGAAGCGCGAUUUGAGAGACGACCCUCCCGACGACAUUCUCCCAAGCGAAAUUCGAACCCGCCCAUCUCGACGAGAGCAUCGGGGGCGCCAGAGGUUGUUCCACUCCCAUUCAAAGUACCGGAGGGCGAUGUAGAGGAUGAUCGAUCAUCUGUAGCAACUUUUGCUGAUGACGAGCAAGCUGGGCAUCAAGAUCAAAAACGACAAUCGAAACGCCUUUCAACAGGCUCGGCGAUAUUGCAUCGAUUUUCCAAGAGAUCGCAGAGAAAUUCAUCGAGACUUUCUAACCGAGUUUCCAUUGGAGAAGCGUCUAGCACGGAGGAUCUGGUUAUACCUCGUGGCAUUGAAGACGACCGUGCAAGCUCCAUUGCUGCUACUGUGGACGGACUGAGUGAUGAUGAGGGAAUGAGAAGUAUACGUUCGUCUAUAGACCUAGCGCCAGAUACAUCAGAAGCCCGAUCGCCAAAUCUUGACAAUCUACCUAUGUCUGUGUUAUCUCCCCCGUCGAAUCCUGAUGGUGCUAUUUCAGCAGCCGCUUCAGUUCUUCAGGAUACGGAGGGUAAUUCGAAGCGAGCUAUACUCGCAGAAUCAAUCGAAAAGGAGGGAGAAAAGGCUGGACCCGAAGGUCAACACGAGGAAAAUGUCACUGGUCAGUCUCUGACUAGGAGUACAGACCCGAAGCCUGAGUCGAAGGCAGCGUCCACAAUUGAAACUCCCGAGCCUAGCCUGGCCGAGAAACCAAAGACAGCCACUUCGGUUGUUUCUGCUGCUGAGUCGAAGUCCGCAGCCAUCACCAAAGAAACACUGCCGCCUCAAAUGUCCAGAGUAGUAAUGUCAUACCGGACUAACGAAUGGGCAAAACAUCUCGGGAAUGCCGAUGUACCGGAGGUGGAGGAGUUGAAGAUAGAGAAAUCGCCUUCCGAGGACAAAAUCACCGAAGUCGCAGCACCUGUGAUGGUAGCAGAACUCCAACAAACUCCCGAGAACGCUUUGCCUCCACCAGCAUCAAGGAUAACUUCGACAAUGUCAAAUCACAAUGCCCCACCUCUGAUCAGAUCGAGUUCGGCACAGUCAAAGGCAUAUCCUGCCCCGUAUCAAUCAAGACCAGAGACGGCGAAUGGCUUUGUUGGUCAGGACAGUGCUAUCCAACGGAGCAUGUCACAGCAAUCAAAGCAUAGUCAAACUUCACAAACAAAUCUCAAUCGGUUCCGAACUUCUUCGAGUCCAGCGAUUCCACAAGCUAUUGUGGAAUCCCCGAUAGAAGAGAACUUUCCUUCACAAAGUGUCCCUGGAAUGAACCAGGUUCCUAUUAAUGCUGUUCCGUUUGGAAGCUCUGAUACUCUAAUCGGAAAACGAGAUACAAUGAUGCGAAAUAAGUCGUACUCGUUUCACAACUCGCAAACUGCACUCGCCUCGACCCCUGAACUACCAACGGCGCACGACAGCAUGCCGCAAUCAAGGGCCGGUAGCGAAUCGGGUUCACUCAACAACUCCCAAAAUACUAGCAUUCCGAUACUUCCGGAAGACGACGAUAACAUGUCUCUUUCAGCACGCCGGAACCUAAUCCGCCAAUCCUCUCUGCAACAGCUGUCUUCACCUGUGGCACCACUCCAACAGCCUUCGAUGCCCUACGACUCUCAUCAGCCUCGCCGACAAUCAUCAGUACCUUCACACAUGGCACGAGAACAGCAACUCGCGUCAUGGCGAGCUAGCGUUCAGCAUGAUCUACACAGCGCCGUGGUGCCCAAGAUGUCGGUUGAGAGACAGCGGAGCGCGUUGUGGCAGGAACGGCAAGCCGAGGAGCAGAGGAAGGCGAUGGAUGCGAGGAUGAAGGGCGAGAGGAAUAACGCCUUCGAUGAGCGGAUGAGGAGGGGUGAUAUGCUUUCUGCGCAUCGCGAUGCGCUGCGCAAGAUGCAAGCGGGUGCUAAUAAGCAUGCUUGA